CAGUUCACAGCAGGUUCAAGGUUACAAUCAUGAAGACUGUACUGUUAGUCUCCGCGCUGGGCCUCUGGGCGGGGGUCGCCUCCCAGUGCCUCUCCAGGAACGACAACCAGGUUCCUCCCAGCCAGCCGGACCUCAACCACAUCCUGCCCUUCAGCAUCGGCCUCUUCAAGGAAGUCGUUUCCUCGUCUGGAAACUUCUUCUUCUCGCCCUACAGUAUCUGGACCGCCCUCGUGCUCACCUAUUUCGGCGCCGAGACCCGCACGAAGACCCAGAUGGAGCAGGUUCUUCAACUGACGAACAAAGAGGAGACCUUCGCGCUGUACCGAGCUUUGAAUGAUGGGUCGCAUGAGAACAACGAAAACUAUACCCUCAACACCGCUAACAGAAUCUUCAUCAAAGAAGGCUUCUCGAUCCGCCCUUGCAUACAACAGGUCCUGCCACGGGAGUUGCAACCUGCCGUGGCCGCCGAGUUCAUCAACUCCUUCGUCAAGAACGCCACAGAGGGGAAAAUCCAACAGGCAGUGAAUCCGGGCUUCCUCAGCCGUGUUAGAAUGCUGAUUGUCAACGCCAUCUACUUCAAGGGCCUGUGGGAGCACCAGUUCAGAGUAGCAGACACCUCCAAGGCUGAGUUUUUCACGACCCCAACGCAAGUGUCUAUGGUCGAUAUGAUGACACAACGGGCCUAUUUCAGGAACGGCGUCUCGGAGGAGCUGGACGCCGACGUGGUGGAGCUGCCGUACCGCGGAGGCGCCGCGUCGCUGUUCGUGCUCCUCCCGCGGGACAGACGGACCGGAGACGAGCUCGACCGGAUGCUCCAGCGCCUCACCCCCGCCGCCCUCGCCUCCGCCGUCGAAAAUUUGGAAAGCAGUGAAAGAAUUCUGAACCUGCCUAAGUUCAAAUUCGAGAAGGGUCUCUCGUCUGAGCUCAAAGAGGCUCUAAUACGCAUGGGGAUCCGCGAUGCGUUUUACGACGAGGCCGACCUCUCGUCCUUUGGCAAAACCAUUGUGGUGACCGAGGUCGCUCACAAGGCCGUGAUAGAGGUCAACGAGGAAGGGUCAGAGGCCGCGGCAGUCACGGUAGUGGGGAUCGACAUCCGCGUCGCCCCGCCACUUGUCAACUGCAACAGGCCGUUCUUGUUCUUCAUUCGAGACAACGUUGUGAAUAAUAUCCUGUUCAUAGGGGUUUUCCGGGAACCUCAGCCAUAAGCGCUCUGGUGGUCUUACAGAUACCC